GAUAAUAUAAAAUAUUAAACUAGAAGUCUGAAGCUUGCUUGUGGAUCUGCUCUGCACAAGAAAAGGCGAAAGAAACUAUGGGGUGUCUGCAAACUUUGUGUCGAGUUUUCCUGAUCGUGGUUAACCUGUUCUUCUUGCUGCUGGGUCUGGCGUUGUUUGCGGCAGGACUAUUUGUGCGUUUCGGCUCCGAGGUUCUCAAUGAAUACGUGGACACUGUCAAGGCGGAGCUGGAGAAGUCGGCGUCAACUGCCGGGUUGGGUACAGUUGACCUGUCGGGGCUUAACCUGUCCGACAUGCUGUUCGGGGUUGCCCUGGGACUCAUCUUCUUCGGCAUUUUCCUCAUCGUGAUAUCCGUGCUCGGCACGUGUGGAUCGUGCUGUAAAAUGAAGAUUCUACUUGUUACGUAUGUAGUGAUUUGCUCGUUGAUUCUUGUGGUCCAGAUCAUCAUCGUUGGGAUUCUUUACGGAUCGCCAGACACGUUCCAUGACCCGGCCAAAAAAGCUCUAAAGGACAAAAUCCAAACAGAUUACGCAGGUUUAGCCGGAAGUGACGUCAUCUCUAUGGCAUGGAACGUAGUAAUGCAACAGGUUGGUUGUUGCGGGGCGAAUAGUUACGCAGACUUUACGGGCGCUGAAAAUUGGGAGACGGACUACUCGAGUACCGGUUCCGGUUAUACCCUCAAGACGCCCAUCGCGUGCUGCCGGACACUCCCCGACUCAAACGACCUCACGUGCGCGGACAUCUCAGGGGCAACAACUGCCAACAACUAUUUGGAAGAGGGCUGUUAUAAUAAAGUCUGGGAGCAGACACUGGGCAACACAACAAUAGUAGUGGCGUCACUUGUUGGUAUUGGCGUAUUUCAGUUGUGCCUUCUCGUCAGCGCCGUCGUGUUGUUGAUACUAAAUCGGAAUAACAAGACGGGGCCGAACUGACGUCAUGGCGAGUUACCUGUUUCAUUAAAGGAUCUUAGAAGAAAGUUCAAAAAUCGUAAAUCUGUUUGAACAUCACAGACGGACUGAAGCUGUUGCUGCCUUUCAUUACCUCAAAAAAUCCACUCCGAUUCUGGCCAAAGUUCUAUACACACAAAUGUACAGCAAAAUACCCAAAAUAUUACACCAAAAUAAUCCCAACCUGCUUAAGACUAUUAUUGAAACGGGGCCUAGAAAUUUAGAAAGGUCCUCAUGUUCAUACACCUUUACGCAACGGUUACUUUGUUAAUCCAAAAAAGAAGAUUUAAACAUCGAUUUAAAAAUAUUAAUACAGGACAUACUUAAAGAUUUUCUCUCAUCCAAUGCACGUUAGUUGUUCAGAUAUAGAAUAGUCAUCAUAACGAUCAACUUGCAACACUGAGUGAUCCGCUCAAGGCAAAUGUGUUUGUUCUCUUUAUUCAAGUUUGUAAUUAUGUUAUCCGUCCGUAAAUAGUUUCAAGUCUUAGUAUUUUAUAAACUGAACUGAAUGCUAGUUUUUCACAUUUUGAAAACUAUAUCUUUGGUAUUUCGUCUGGCAAUCAAUUCCUGUUUGUUAAAUAAUGUUG